UAGUGCAGUGGAACCAUGCCCCCAACUAACAAGAAGAAGAAAUUUAUAAAAUUAAAAAAAACCAAGAAGGAUAUUCAAGCGUACAAAAAGGAUGUGGAAACUGAUUUACAUAAAAUAUCAUUGGAGGAGCUUUUGGAGCGCAUGAGAACUAAUCCAUCCACGGGUUUAUCCAAAUCGGAAGCGGCCAUUCGAUUGGAGGCAGACGGCCCAAAUAUGCUAACACCAGCCGCAGGGACGCCGGAGUAUAUUAUAUUUCUGAAGAAUAUGUUUGGCGGCUUUGCCAUACUUUUGUGGGCUGGAUCUUUCCUCUGUUUUGUUGGAUAUAUUAUACAAGUUCAAACCCAAGAUGAUCCGAGCGAUGACAACCUGUUUCUUGGCUUGGCCUUGGCCUUAUUGGUGAUCGUCACGGGCCUGUUUUCAUAUUUCCAGGUGCACAAGUCAUCGGCCAUUAUGGAUUCAUUCAAGAAUAUGGUUCCACAAUAUGCGACAGUAAUUCGAGAUAGUGAAAUUUUGACCGUAGUCGCGGAGGAGCUCGUCAAAGGCGACAUUGUCGAAGUGAAGUUCGGGGAUCGAGUGCCCGCGGACAUUCGCGUCCUGGAAUCGCAUGGCCUAAAAGUGGACAACUCCUCGCUGACGGGGGAGUCGGAGCCACAGGUCAGAUCGCCCGAAUUUACGCACGAGAAUCCGCUGGAGACGCGAAAUCUGGCCUUCUUCUCGACCAACGUGCUCGAGGGCACCUGCCGUGGUGUUGUCAUCAGCACCGGCGAUAACACCGUGAUGGGUCGCAUAGCCAACCUGGCGGCUGGCCUGGACGAAGUACAGUCACCGAUAUCACGGGAAAUAGAGCGUUUCAUUCGAUUCAUUACAAUUCUGGCAGCCCUGUUGGGCUUCACGUUCUUCGUGAUUGCAAUGAUCCUUGGCUAUACGUUCAUAGACGCCGUGGUCUUUCUCAUUGGCAUCAUUGUGGCCAAUGUGCCGGAGGGGCUGCUCGUCACAGUCACCGUCUGCCUGACACUCACGGCCAAGCGAAUGGCAUCCAAGAACUGCCUGGUGAAGAACCUGGAGGCUGUCGAGACACUCGGCUCCACAUCGACCAUCUGCUCGGACAAGACUGGCACCCUGACACAGAAUCGCAUGACGGUGGCUCACCUGUGGUAUGAUCGCCUCAUCAUUGAGUCAGACACCACGGAGCACUUUCGUGGCUCAAAGUUCAACAAGGACGAUCCCUCCUUCAACGCGCUGCUGCUGUGCUCGACCCUCUGCAAUUCGGCUGACUUCAAGGGGGGCCAAGAGGACAUGCCGGUGCUCCGAAAGGACGUUAAUGGCAACGCCUCGGAGGCGGCCCUACUCAAAUUUGCGGAGACCGUCUACGGCGGUGUGGGACCAGUUCGCCGCAAGCAUGCCAAAAUUACCGAAAUACCCUUCAAUUCCACCGAAAAAUAUCAAGUCUCUGUGCACAGCUACGACUCGAAUGAGGCGAAUUAUAUUGUGGAAAUGAAGGGUGCACCCGAACGCAUAUUGGAUCGCUGCGAGACGAUUAUGAUGGACGGGAAGACGAUUCAGUUGACGCAAGAGCUGCGGGAUGAGUUCGAGGAGGCCUACAUGGAGAUGGGCGGCAUGGGGGAGCGUGUGCUGGGAUUUGCUGAUCUCAUGCUGCCGAAGGACGCGUAUCCGGCGACCUACGAGUUCAACACUGAGCCGCCAAACUUUCCGCUGGAGAAUCUGCGCUUCCUCGGGCUAAUCUCCAUGAUAGAUCCACCGCGGGCAGCCGUGCCAGACGCCGUCGCCAAGUGUCGUUCGGCGGGUGUGCGCGUGAUAAUGGUCACUGGCGAUCAUCCCAUUACGGCCAAGGCCAUAGCACGGAAUGUGGGCAUCAUAACCAAGCCCACGGCCGAGGACAUUGCCCAGGAACGUGGCGUGGAUAUCAGCGAGGUAGAUCCCCGCCAGGCCACUGCCAUUGUGGUGCAUGGCGGCGAGCUGCGCGAAAUGAAAGCGGAGGAAAUCGAUUCGAUCAUUCACAACCACACCGAGAUUGUCUUUGCCCGCACCUCGCCCCAGCAGAAGCUCAUCAUCGUGGAGGCGUGUCAGCGUCGUGGCGAGAUUGUGGCCGUCACGGGCGACGGCGUCAACGACUCGCCGGCCCUGAAGCGGGCCGACAUUGGUGUGGCCAUGGGCAUCGCAGGAUCCGAUGUGUCGAAGCAGGCGGCCGACAUGAUAUUGCUGGAUGACAACUUUGCCUCCAUUGUGGUGGCCAUUGAGGAGGGUCGCCUCAUAUUCGAUAAUCUGAAAAAGUCAAUUGCCUACACUUUGACCUCCAAUCUACCCGAAAUUGUGCCCUUCCUGUUGUUCGUGCUAAUCGACAUUCCCCUGGCACUGGGCACCAUUGCCAUUCUGUGCAUCGACAUCGGCACCGACAUGCUGCCGGCCAUAUCCCUGGCCUAUGAGAAGGCCGAAUCGGACAUCAUGUCCCGUAUGCCCCGGGAUCCCUUCGAAGAUCGUUUGGUGAACAGAAAACUCAUUUUUAUGGCGUAUCUACAGAUCGGAGUCAUUCAAACCGUCGCCUGUUUCUUCACAUUCUUUGCCAUAAUGGCCGAGCACGGAUUUCCGCCAUCUUCGCUGAUUGGAGUGCGACAGAGGUGGGACGCCAUCGAUGUGGAUGAUCUGACAGAUAAAUACGGACAAGAAUGGACCUUUAGAGAGCGCAAGGAACUCGAGUACACAGCCAGCACGGGAUUUUUCGUCUCAAUUGUCGUGACUCAGUGGUGUGAUUUGAUAAUCUGCAAAACGCGACGAAACUCCAUUAUACAUCAGGGCAUGGGCAAUCAUGUGCUCAAUUUUGCCCUGGUUCUGGAAACGGUUAUCGCCUGUGGCCUGUGCUACCUGCCAGGCAUGAAGAAAGCCUUGCGCAUGUACCCCGUCAAAUUCAUCUGGUGGACUUAUGGCAUACCCUUUGGUGUGCUCAUUAUUGUGUUCGAUGAGAGUCGCCGCUAUCUCAUGCGCCGAUCCCCCGGCGGCUGGGUGGAGCAGGAAACAUAUUAUUAGCUAUUGAAAUUCAUUAA